AUGACAGAUAUCAACCACGAAGACUGGGAGUAUGACGAGCCACCGAUGUUGGGAGAGGCCGGAGCUCCCGCUGAGGGCAAUCAAGUGGAGCAUGCAACAAAAGAUCAAGACGCAAGUAUCAUGGACGAGAUGGUGGUGAUUGCUCAGCGAGCCAAGGAAGGCAAAUGGAAGCAACAGGAACAACAACGCAACCGCAAAACUUUUGGCCAGGGACUAAAGAAGGGCUUCCUCAACACAUCCAUUACGACAACGAAAAGGAAAAAGGUGACACUAGAAAAGAGCACAACAACCCUGGAACCAGCUGGACAGCAGUCGCGAGAUGAACAUCUGCUGAUCGUAAGUCAAAGGAGAGAGGAACCUGCGACAGAAGACUCGUCUUUCGUCUUCCCGGAAGUGCAGGAGGCGAUGAAAAGCAUGAGCCAGCUCGAUCCUAAAGAGUGGAUGAACGAGCGCUUCCUCGAGAAACUCGCGCACAACCCGAAACUUGCUCAGGCACUGCAAAACCCAUCGUUCUCGAAGGCAAUUAGUGAGAUACAGCAAGACCCUGCCGCCGCCAUAUUGAAGUACCAGAAAGAUUCCGCCGUGUCCGCCAUGCUGCGAGACUUCAUAGAGUUCCUUGGAAACCAUUUCGAAGAGCUUGGCGCUUCGGCGGAGGCUGCGUCUUCUCAAAAGAAACCCGCCCCACAACCACAACAAGACUCGCAACCUUUGGAAGGUCUCCGAAUGAACAACAAACUGAAGUCGGGUGAUCCAAAUAGACCAGCGAUAGUUGAUCUAGACGAGACGCGACGCCAGGCCAUUGCCGGGAUGCGGCGUGCACCUGAAGAAGAAGAGCAAGUGCAGCAUAUCUUGAAGAAUCCGGAGCUACUGGCGGCGCUUUCGGACGGGAAUCUUAUGCAGCGCCUUCAAGCCUCGAUGACGGAGCGCGGCUCGGGGCUGCGCUCGGAGCAGCAGGCGGCGGAGCGCAUGGCACGCGAGCUCAUGGACAUGAAGAUUGAGACGGCGCAUUUACGAGAGCGCUUGCGGCUGCGCGUGGGCGGAGAUACGACAGCAGCGGAGCUGGAGGCCGAAGCCUUUGCGCUUCAAACAGCGCUGAGUGAGGCGCAGCAGACACUCAAAGCACGUGAGAUGGACAUGCAGGCACUAGAUCUCAAGUAUCAGAAGGUCAUGCAAGGACUUAUGCGACUGGAUGAAGCCUGGAAGCUCAGUAAGGCGCAGACGAGGGAGGCGCAAGACGCGCAACAGGCGGCAGAGCAAUUCGCUUCGGACGAGAAGGAACGAAAUGACGAACUGCAGCGACAAUUAGAGGCAGCCAAGCAGAGAGAAGUAACGCUGGCAAAUAGGUUGGAUACGCUCGUAGAGGAGAAGCAGCAGGUGCAUAAGCAGAGAGAUGAGAAAGAACAUGAAGCGAAAGCCAGGGAAAUGCAGGCCCACGAACUGAGGGCGCAGUUGGAAGCCACGCGGCACCAUUUCGAGACACAAAUGAAGCAGCAGGAAGGAUCGACGCGAGAUGAUGUUUGGAAGCUACAGGAUCAGCUACAGAAGGCAGAGGAGCAGGCUGCAGCACUGAGAGGAGAGGUCCAUGCCAGACAGGAAGAGGCGGCCAAAGUGGAGACCGAGUUGAGAGAUACGAAGGAGAAGGAGGCGACGACGAAGCAAAGACUUGUGCAGCUGAUGGAGGGUCAUGCCACGCUGCGUGUGCGCUUGGAAUCGGCCAAGUUAAUUGCAGUGGAGAGCACGCAGAGGGCGAUUCAGGCCGAGGCGGAGAACGAAAGCUUGAGGAUGAAGCUUGAGGAACUUGAAGGCGUGUUGGCGGAGAAAGAGCAGGCCGUACCAGCGCUGGAGGAGGAAUUGAUGCGGCAGCAGAAGAGAAUGGCGGAGGAGCUGGCUAAGAAGAAACAGGCAGUGGAGGAAAUGGAAAAGAGGUUGACGGACGAGUCCCAGAAAAUGUUGCAAGCGCAAGAGGAGACAUGGAGCUGUCGGGAAAAGUUUUUACAGGAAGAAGCUGAAAACUACAAGAAGGAACUGGCGCGUAUGGAGGCAUUCCACGUCGAACUGGCGCAGUUGCUGCAAGUCCAAGAGGGAAAUAAGGAAACAGCAGCCGAACAAUCGGAAAGCGUCGAGCCGACCAUGCUCAAGGCGCUGAUAGUACAGGAGACCAACAAGCGCGACGUCCUCACAACGACAUUAGGGCAACUGAAGCUGAAGCUUGGAGCCACCAAGCGACUGCUAACGUCACAGAAGCAACUGGAGGCGGAGAAUACGAAACUUCGCGCUGAAGGGAGGUGCUGGUAG